AGUCGUGUUCCCCACGAAGAUCAGUGCUACAGAUUCAUAAAGUGCUGGAGUUAUAUAUUUUUUUAUUCAACAUGUCGAUUAAUUUUGUGAUUAUUGUACUAGCAACUGCUUCGUUGACCAAUGGUAUUCAAUAUGAUGGUCUCCGAGUAAAAUUCGGUUGGUCAGACGCACUGGCCGACAAGGAAUACUUCUUCAGCAUCCCGCGUACGGUUAGUGAUGCCGUGAGCAAGGGUUGGCGGCGGACGGAACGACCUCCCGGACCACUGCCCGAACUCAGGAUGUACUGUUCGGUCGGACGAAACGUGUGCCCGCUAUAUGACACCGCUGGCUUCAUAGCUGGUCUACAAGUUGCUAUACCGGUUGAAGGAUUCGAAUAUCCGCCAUUCGUAAAUCCAGAAAAGAAACUGGUGAAGUGGACCGCACCAUCAACCGAUGGAGAACUAGCCAAGGACUUUUGGACCGCUACACAAUUCUACGUUUCCGAAGAAUCACUAAAAUCUGGGGCUGGACCAACGAUAGAAAAUGGGGCGACUUUACAAGAUGGUGGUGUAUGGGUGCCUGGGCCGGACGGUCGGCUCAUAAGGAUCGCAAGUACUGAGGCCGAAUUGAACACGACGUCCUGGAAAAAACAGAACUGUAUCCCCAACAUGGGCACUCAUUACCACUACAACAUGACACCGGACCUAAAGUGCGAGGACUUGCUACCAUGGUUCUCUUUAACAACGGAUACGGAUCUGGUCGGCACCGGUCUUCAGGUGAUAGGAAAGACCCCAGAACAGGAGCCGCAAGCGUGGUUCGAAUACGUUCCCAAGGACAGCGCUCGGGUAAGCUUCAUGAUGAUGGUUAAAACAACAGCCUUUAUACUAGGAGUGGGGUGAUUUAUAGUAACUGGAUUUCGUUGUAUUGAAUAAAAGUGACAAACGAGCACACAGACUUGGUAAGUGUGGCUUACAGAGAUUUUAUAUUAAUCCUCGAUAAAGAAUCAAAAUGCUGAUGCGUGAACGUACCAUAGAACUAAGAUGGAAUAUUACGUUUCCAGUAAAAAGGUCUUCGGUAGGCGUAUUACGUAUCUUGCAAAAGGUUAGCGAUAGUGAAAUUAGAACAAUAAUUGUUGACAAAUCGCAGAUUCCUAUUAUGUACCAGCGAUAACCAAGCCCUAGCUAACUAGCGACCACAAGGCAGCGAUGUUGCUAGUUAGCUUUACACGUAAUACGCCUACCGAUAUCUCCACUCAUCGAACAAAACACAGCAGCAUUGCUAAUUAUUCUAUGGGAGCGUGGUCCUUCCCCAAUCGAGCUGAUCCAUCUUUAUGUUACAACUGUAAUAUGGCUCCAGCAUGUCUGUACUAAGUACUAAGUAUAUUAAAUAACCUGUUCUUAAAAGCAACAUAUCGCAAAUGUUGUAUAAAUGACUAUUCCUGUUCUACUAAUAACCAAUGUUUGAAGACAUUAUCUAAGAUGAAAAGAUAUCUAUGGUGGUAAUAUAUUUGUGGUAAGAUUUGCCAGUAAGCAUAUAGUGAGUUCCACACCAACUGCAACAGAAACCGAACAGAUAUAACAAGGCCACGUGGCACUGUUUAAAUAUAGUCUGAAUCGAAACUUGUUACAAGAUAAUACUAAACUAUUCACCUGUAUCUUGGAACAGUCUACUGGCACUAUUAUUUCAAAAGUACAGAAAUAGGAAUAGAAUAGAAUAGAAUGGAAUGAUUUUUAUUUAAUAUUGAUUAUUACAUAAUACUUAUUGAAAGUCAUUAUUUUAUUUACCACUGGUUCGGAAAAUACCUCUGUUCUGGGAAGAACCAGCAAGAAACCCAGCGGGACUUUUUUAAACAUAUUUCACUUUACAAUAAUUUUGUUAAUACAAUUUUAAAUGAAUUUCCAUACAACCAGCAUGGUAGCGAUCACCUUAUUCCCAGGGGUUAUUUUCAUUCAUGUACUCCUUGAUAUUAUAAUAACCCAUUUUGUACAGUUUUUCUUUAAUAAAACUUUUAAACUUGUUUAUUGACAAACUUUGAAGAUGUUCUGGGAUUUUGUUGUAAAAACGUAUACAUUGUCCCAUAAAUGAAUUACUAAUUCUGUGCAGUCUAGUAACUAGCAUUACAAGCUUAUGUUUGUUCCUAGUGUUUAAGGUAUGAACAUCCUUAUUCUUAUUAAAGCUAUUUAUGUUUUUAUGUGUACAUACAUCACAUUUUCAUAAAUAUAUUGCGAUGCCAAAGUUAAUAUGUUAAUUUCUUUAAAAAAAAUUCUGAGGGACUUUUUACAAUUUAGGUGAAGCUGAUUUCUAAUUUUACCUUGUAAUCCAUAAGAUAUCCUACUGUAACCGUUCUGCAAGCAUGUAGAGAUCUCAUCGCUGAGAGGUUUAUGGAGCUGAAGAGAGUCACAUGUCCUCAACAUAUAAUAUGAUUUCUCACACAAGCUUUGGUGAUAGCUCAACAUGCAGCAAAAGUGUAAUAUAAAUUUUAACAUGUUCAUGACCACGUUCACCAACACGCACUGGAGCAGCGCAGCGGGCAAACAAACACACGGUACACUUGAUGGUAUAUGAAUAUUGUGGCCCAUAGAAAUCUACAUUUAUCCCCGAUAAGAGAUCAAAAUGCAGAUGCGUUGUUACCCCUGAGAAUUAAGAUGGAAUGCCUCGUUAUCAGUUAAAUGGGACCCCGAUUCUCGUCGCUUACAUACAAAACUCCAGUAGGCAGUAUUAUGCUGCUAUUUCCUGCUGGUAUUCCGUGAGUGCGUGGUCCUCAGUCUAGUACUUCAUCACCACUUACCUGGUAGGAUUGUUGUGAAGCACUUAUAAUAGGUCUAAGUUCUGCAAGACCCGCCGCAGAAGAACACAAAAACUCUCCGAUCACACUCUUAAUCUCAUGGCUGUUAGACGGGAGAUGAAGCUACAUUCUUCAACAGAUUUAACAGCAUACAGGCAACUGAACAGACAGAUCUCCAAAUGCAUGCGGCGGGACUUACGCAAAUUCAAUACAGCUCGUACUGAAGAAGCGAUCGAGCGGAACCGAGGCUCCAAAGUCUUUGCCAGAGAUCUGUCUGCCAGAAAGCGCCAACUGUCAAAGCUGAAGACAGAAUGUGGCAGCAUCGUUUCCGGGGCACCUGAGAUUUUGAGUGAGAUUGAGAGGUUCUAUGGGCAGCUGUACACGUCAUCGUUGGAGCCGCACGCAAGUGUGAGUAACGAUCCAAGAGCGAGUCUUAUCCGACAUUAUUCCGAUGAUAUCCCGGACGUCAGUCUGAGCGAGAUUAGAAUGGCUCUCCAGCACCUUAAAAACGGCAAGGCCCCAGGCGAGGAUGGAAUUACAGCGGAGCUUCUGAAAGCGGGUGGAAAACCGGUACUUGAAGUCCUUCAGAAGCUCUUUAAUUCCGUCCUCCAUGGUGGCAUUACACCGGAGGCGUGGAGCAGAAGUGCGGUGGUGUUAUUCUUCAAGAAAGGCGACAACGCUCUCUUGAAGAACUACAGACCGAUUUCCCUUCUGAGCCGCGUCUACGUGCUGUUUUCGAGAGUCAUUACGAAUCGUCUCGCGCGCAGACUUGACGACUUCCAGCCUCCCGAACAAGCCGGUUUCCGAAAAGGCUUUAGCACCAUAGACCACAUACAUACCCUUCGGCAAAUUGUACAGAAGUCCGAGGAGUACAAUUUGCCACUAUGUCUGGCGUAUGUGGACUAUGAGAAAGCCUUUGAUUCCGUCGAAAUUUGGGCGGUGCUGCAGUCCCUUCAGCGAUGCCAAGUUGACUGUCGGUAUAUCGAAGUGUUGAAGUGCUUGUACAGUAGGGCUACGAUGGCUAUCCGAGUACAGAACCAGAGUACGAAACCUAUCCAAUUGCAGAAAGGUGUAAGACAGGGUGACGUUAUAUCCCCGAAACUCUUUACCGCUGCAUUGGAAGAUGUUUUCAAGCUUCUGGACUGGAAAGGAUACGGUAUCAACAUCAAUGGCGAGUACAUCACUCACCUUCGAUUUGCCGACGAUAUAGUCCUUAUGGCAGAAUCGCUGGAGGACCUAAGCACUAUGCUCAAUGACCUCAAUAGUGUUUCCCAACGGAUAGGUCUUAAGAUGAACAUGGACAAAACAAAGAUCAUGUUUAAUGUCCAUGUCACACCUAUGCCGGUAGUUGUUGGGAACACUAAGCUCGAAGUUGUUGACGAGUAUGUUUACCUGGGACAAAUAGUCCGACUAGGUAAGUCCAACUUCGACCGAGAGGUCAAUCGACGGAUUCAACUCGGUUGGGCAGCGUUCGGGAAAUUACGGCACAUCUUCUCGUCAGGUAUACCUCAAAACUUGAAAACGAGACUGUACACCCAGUGCGUGUUGCCAGUGAUGACAUACGGAACUGAGACGUGGUCCUUCACUGCUGGCCGGAUGAGGAAGCUCAAGGUCGCUCAGCGAGCUAUGGAGAGGGCUAUGCUCGGAGUUUCUCUGCGUGAUAAACUCAGAAAUGAGGAUAUCCGCAGUAGAACUAGAGUGACCGACAUAGCCCAACGGAUUAGUAAGCUGAAGUGGCAAUGGGCCGGCCAUAUAGCUCGAAGAACCGACAACCGAUGGGGAAGAAAGGUUCUCGAGUGGCAGCCUCGUACCGGCAGGCGAAGUGUAGGGCAUCCCCCCACUAGAUGGAGUGACGACCUGGUAAGAUAUGCAGGAAGUCGAUGGAUGCAGGUGGCUCAGGACCGUGCUUUGUGGCAUUCUUUGGGGGAGGCCUAUGUUCAGCAGUGGACUUGUGAAGGGCUGUGAUGAUGACUUAUAAUAGGAAAAACAUACUAAGUAUAUCUUUAAUCGGCUUGCAAAAUGUUACAGAUGACGAUUCCGCUGGCACCGGAAUGCCUUUAUGAGAGUGUAGACAAGUAUGGUGUGAUUUCUUUACACAUCUAUUAUAUCGACAAUCCCUGGACCAUCAGAUGCAAAGAUGGUGACUCCAUCAGGAAACCAGGUGUGGUUGACAGGCUCAAGCUGAACGGUGUCAAAUACGCAAGCAAAAUCACUGACGGGCUGAAGAACAUAUUCGGUUGAUUGGCUUUAUUGAGCGUUAUUUAACAUUAGAGCUUUCGAAAUCUAAAUUGUUGUAACUUCAAAUCGGGCAACAUACUUAUUAGGGUCAAUCUUUAUGUGAAUACUUAGCCUUCUAUCCCGUUAUAUUAUAUAACUUUUUCCCUUUAUAUUAUUAUAAUAAUUUAAAAUUUUUGACACCGUAUUGCUGUUUUUGAAAGCUUUUUUAUCAUCUCUAUAUAUAAAAAUUAAUUACUGUCCAUUAGUCUCACAAAAACUCGAAAAUGGCUGGACCGAUUUCCAUAAAAUUUUUUGUGUGUGUGUUCGAGCCCACAUUCGUACGAGGUGACGCCUGUGUUAUCGAAAUCCAGAAAUUACCCGUGCGAAGCCGGAGCGGAUCGAUAGUUAUGUAUAAAUGUUAAUAUCACAUUAGCAACGAUAAUAAAAAUAUUUUAUCUAAAAAGAAUAAGAGUGCGCGAAUAAAUUAAAUAAAAGUUCUUUUAACUAUUAAUUAUUCUGUGAUAAAAGUAAAAAGAUUUUUUGUGAUGUGUUUGUAUACAUGCAUUAAUAAAUUAGGCUUUUGU